AUCCACUCUCCCCCAAACAGAGUAGACGCAGUGUAAAAGUUGACACUUGUAGUUGAUGCACAGUUGACACUUCUUCAAGCAAGAAACUGUUAUUGAAAGAAAAAAGAAAAAUCUUCAGCUGGCUGGCCUAAACGGAAAUUUUUUUGAUGUAGUUUCUCCAGCACCUGUCUACUUCUUCUCGAAGAAGCAAAUCGUUAGUAGAAGAAAGAAAAAUACUUACUCGAUGAUACUUGCACCUAUCCAAGGACUUCUGCCAUAUUGUCAAGAAGUCCAACAAUUAUUACUGAAAGCAAAGAGGGAAAAGCUUCAAAAUAUUCUUUUAGAUAUCAUAGACCCUCGUCUAUCGCCUGUCUUCUUGAGGGAAAACAGACCGACACUCAAAGAAAGUAAGCUUGUUUUCAACUCAACGUUUAGAGAAAAGAAGAAAAAAUGUCGAUGAAGAUCUUGGCACGAUGCACGAAGACCGUGCGCGCGCGCGUGUGUGUGUGUGUGUGUGUGUGCAUGCAUGCAUGCAUCAGCGUCCUACCUAAGUCCAUCGGCGGAGGAUUACAGUUGUAUCGCGAAGUCGCUGGCCCAGUGUGACUUUCCACCAUGCGUGUACGUCCAGGGCCAAUGCGUAUCUUUCUUUUCGGUUUUCUUCCUCAUGACGUUCCCUCUGAUAAAGUUCAGCCUUGUGUAGUUUAUUUGGAGGAAAGGAAAAGGGGACUGAGAUAAGGGCAGAUAGAUGAUGGAUAUAUACAUGAUGAUGCCUUGUCUUUGUUUGGCUUAACACAAAAAUACUCUUUUCAGAUAUCGCGCGACAGAGAGCUGAAGUAUACUAAUCAGCUCGGCUUAUCGGCUGGUAGCCUGGCUAGACAUGUUAUAGAGAUGAAGAACGCAUAUGCCGCUAGUCAGGAAUUUGUGCCAUCGGCCGACGAUCGAGAGUGUAUCGCGAAGUCGCAGAAAUUUUGUGGUGGCACACAAAGUGCGAAGUGCCAGUGGGCCCAGGGCAAUUGCGUAUCUUUCUUUUCGGUUUUCUUCCUCAUGACGUUCCCUCUGAUAAAGUUCAGCCUUGUGUAGUUUAUUUGGAGGAAAGGAAAAUGAGACUGAGAUAAGGGUAGAUAGAUGAUGGAUAUAUACUUGAUGUUGAUGACGCAUUGUCUUUGUUUGGCUUAACACAAAAGUGCUCUUUUCAGGUGUCGCUACAAAGAUAUCAGGAGUUGGAAACGAUGAUCGCGAGAGCUACCUUCAGGGCGUUAUGACAUUCCUCAGCUCAAAAUAUACAAAGUGUGGAAUUAAGACCUUGAGGGGAAAACUCCCCGUAAAGAACCACUGUGGCUCAAUUCGGAUCUUCUUAGCCUCAUGGUGAUCCUUUGAAAAAGGUCCUGAUGGUCCUGACUGCCCACCAAACCCACGACAUUCCAACAGGCACACUACUCUUUUUCUGUUUCCCUGCACGGUGUUGCGAUUCGUCAGAAAAUGCAACCAAUUCCAACACUCCACGUCCUCGGCUUUGCGUGCCCGCUUGUGUCCAUAUUAGUUAGGGCGCCGCCCCUGGUGGGAAGGGAGAGCUAUGAGCACCAGACGGGGCACCUCUGUGAGAAAAACCAAGCUGCUGUUUGUGCGCGUUCUUUUUUUUGAUGUUCGCAAGCACCUGAUACGAGAAGGCGCGAGAGACGAACCAGAGAUAUCUGAGUCCCCGCGGGGCGCUGUCUGUCUGUGCCUCCUUGUGCUUUUGUGUUGCUCGAUUCUAUGAAGAGGGCGCGAGAUCCUAGCAGCCGAGACCCUGUGCCGGUACGGUGUCGUCUGUUGCCCCAGCGCGCUGUCGCUCUCCUUCUGUUUGAUUCCCUCUGUCUGGGGAGCGAGCUGUCCUUCAUCCUGAGUCACACAACCACCGGGCGCGGCGUCUUGGUUGAGUCGUGGCAUGCGGCUUCGCACAGCCUCGGGUGCUCUGGUUGACGCGGAAGCUUACCAGCUCGUCUCCCAGUAGAAUUCGUGCGCCCUUGCUUGCUUCUCAUUCUCGCACCACUCCCGUUUUUUUUUGUUCUAUAGGAAUUCUCCGUCAUCUGAUAGCUGUACUGUAGGCCCUCCUGUUUUCUACGUAUCUCGCCGCUUUAGUUUCGCGCUUCUUGCUUGUAGGGUUUACUGCUUUUUUCCCCUUGCUGCUUCUUGUAGUUGCACCAUCUACCUUGUCACACUUUUUACUUAGCGUGGAAAGUGCCCCGGGGGCGUAUUUCCUCCGCUUCGCCUCCGUCGAAGGCGUUGCGACCCAGCGAACGCCACUCGCUGCAAUUCCUGGGCCCUUGGCUGCAGUGGCUGGCCCUUACGAAGCUUGCUUCGUUGUCGCGCCUCCGAUGCCACUAUCGUGGGCACGUGAGAAGCCCGCGCCUCGUCCUAGCUGAGAUGCACCGUGGCCAUGGCUGCACGUGUGCAGGCUGCCUCGGAGAUCGUUAGCACGUCGAUGAGGGUAAACAGUACCACCUGAGGGACCGGCCCGACGCCGAGGGUGACAGGCGCGCACCGUCUGAAUGUCCUGAGGAACCCAGGAAGGUCAUAGAAGGCGCCGGUCGCCUGACUGUCUGGCGAACCCCUCCAACAAUCAUAAUCAUAGCGAACAUCAGUCGCACUUCGCUGGUGACCGGAGUGCAGGCAGUGCCGCUUAGUGGCGCUCCGGCUAGGGGGCGAACUAAACUGCCCCGCGGGCUAAUUUCCUCAUCUGAGUCUCUCGAAGAGACUUGCGACCCAGCGGACAGCGCUGCAACUAAUGGGCCCUAGGCUGUAGCACUUGGUCGCUGCGGAACUUGCUUCGUGGACGCGCCUCCGAAGAUCGUGGGCACGGUAGAAGCUAACGCCUCGCCCUUGUCGAAAUGCUCUCUGGUUCCGCCCCGAGUGUGCAGACAGCCUCAGGGAGCGCCUGCGCGCUCAUGGAGGUUAAACAGUAUCACCCUGCUGGCCGGCUUGGCGCCGGGGGUGGCAGACUCUGGCUAGCCUGCAAGCCACGGGAACCCCAGGAAGGUCAGCAAGUCUAGGCUAAGCCAGACUGUUCUGGCGGGCCCCUUCAUUAUAAUGAUAAUAAUGAUAAUAAUAAUUGUUGGACCACAAGAACACAGGCCUCCGUGCCUUGGUUCGUUUCUCAGUGGAAACACAAAGUCAGAAUCUUGAAUGCAAGCAAAUCUUGAUAUUCCUGCCUGAGACUUGCGAUCUCUGGCUGGUGUAGUCCCUGUUUGGUUCAUUGGGUAAGAUGAAUCAUACAUCAUCAGCAUAAGCAUGUCAGAAGGGAUCGGACUGANAUCCCUGUUUGGUUCAUUGGGUAAGAUGAAUCAUACAUCAUCAGCAUAAGCAUGUCAGAAGGGAUCGGACUGAACAUGCAUCAUACGACUAGGGUCAGUACACACGUGCCCAGUCUACGCAUUGAUUGCGCAUUGGAAGUAGCAUUCAUGAUCAUUGACAUUCGUGUCUUGUGAGAUCAUCCCGAUGACAGUCGAGCACGAGGCUUUGUGUGAGCCACUGAGAACAGAACAACACGACAUCCGAGAGGCUUGAGCCAUACAUGACCAACAAUAAUAGUGAUAGUAGUAAUAAUAUAAUAUUAGUUAGGAGCCACUUGGCCACGCUUGGCAUUGCAUAAAUAUAGUUUUUUUUGCUCAAUUUCGUUUGCCUGGAUAGAGACCCUCUGCGCCCAUACUCUCACACAGUAGGAGCACAGGCCCGCAGUUCUUAUUUUUUCUCUUCUUAGAGAUCUGAGGGCUUUAGGCUAUAAAUGCCGGCAGCUAUUUAGCGCCGCACUUUUUCAAAGCCGUUACAAGAAACAGCAGGGGGCUCUUCGCUGACCGCAAGAAAAGACGGGGGCGGGAAUCUAUUGGAAAGCCGGGCGAGCCACUACCCGGAGCGGAGUCCAGUUCGCCCACACUGGGGGGGGGCGCUGCCUCGCAUACAAGGCGGCUGAUAACGUGGAAGCAGAGUGCGUGCUUGCUGAUACCGAGGGAGGAACUGAAGCGGGACACUGUUUCUCGCAUAAGAUGGCACCGGCGUCGGGCUCUUGGUCUCUUGCUUGCUCUAGUUCGGUUCUACCUCGGAGGAACUGCAGCAUGAGACGAGGCCCGUCUGUCAUCUCGAUGGCCUUGCUGGGUGCAGCCUGUCGCGUUUUGUGCCAUUAGUUACGCUCCGGGGCGUCGAUUUCCAGGCAACUGGACAGCCAAAAAGGUAGACUAUCACUCCGGUGACGCUCUUCGGCGCGCGGUCGGUGGAGGCAGACGAUGCGCCUCCAUACGCGGCAGCGGGGUGACAUGGCUGAGCAGCUUCUGGCCGCCCGGCUUCGGGCGGGUACUCAGCUCCAACGCCCUUGGCACCAGCCAAGUAGCGAAGUACUUUACGCCCAGCGGCUUCCGUCGCCUUGUUGACUUUGUUGGCAGUUGCUCCGGCUAGCUUGUUGGCAGCUGCUGCAAGGUCCGGACGCUCUGCCACGGUCAGCCACUGCAGCGCGCCGGCCAGUGCUCCCGGUGGGAAGGUGGAGGGGGUAGCGUUCUCGUCGCACGUCGGACCCUCCUCGAAGUCUGGAGGGGGCAGAGCCUUCAGGCCCUUCCGAUGGAUGCAUGUCAAAUUUCUUCCGCACUUAUGCAGCGUAGGCUCGCGCCUUGAUGUGCAGAGCGCCAUUCUGUUUGGAGUAGAUGCAGGCUGCACCAAGUAAGUCGAACUCCACAGCAUCGGGCCGGUCGGCUUCUCUGGUGCUUUUUCCAUGCUGAUCAUCGUGACCGGGUGCAGCUUAUGCACCUGGGAAGUCAAUGCACCCGCCAGCUGAUCCGUUUCCGCAAUCGCCGCGCAGUCGUCAACGUAGACGGUCAAAAUUGCGGCCAGCUCCUUGCUAGCGUCGGCUUCGCCAUCCCGGAACUACUCGGGGAUCGAGACUGCAACUCUGUGGCGCUGAGUGCUUUCUCGGAUGAAGGCGCUGACAUCCCGGAACUGCUCGGGGAUCGAGACUGCAACUCUGUGGCGCUGAGUGCUUUCUCGGAUGAAGGCGCUGCCAAUGUCAAAGGCCCUCGUCGGCCAUUUUCCUUUCGUCCCGGAGAUCAGCGCUACGCGGUUUCCAAGGUGCGGCACGGCGCUCGCUUAGCGCGGGGCGUCCGAGUUAGCUUCUGCUUGCCAACGGUUGCCCGGCGCGACUAGUCUGGCUCUGAAGCGCCCGCAGCUUCCUCGCCAGCAGCAGGGCGGUUGGUGUGCGCUUCAAUUUUCCGGCGUAGAAGUCAGAGCACUCGGAAGCCAGUAGUUUCCGCCAACAUCGGCGAGCCAGCCUCUAGUCUUGCUGCCUCCGCUUGGGUUGCCUCGAUCCAGCGCGGGCGGUGUGGAUUUUCGUGCCUGAGGGUUUUUGCCUGGAGUUGUAGUGCCACGUGGCGGGGUGUUGUGCUCGUCUUGUUCACAGCUGGGAAAAAUCUCAGCUGUGGCGAGUUCCUCGCCGUCUUCUUCCUCGAGGUGACUGCGCGUCGCCUCGUAGAAACUCGCCUGCUGCUGCUGCUGCUGCGCAAGGACCUGCGCCUUCGUAUGGCGGGCCCGUGGAUGCUUGUCUUUUACACCUUUGGGCCGACCUCUCUUCACCUCGCUGGCAGGGCGGAAAGAAGGUCCAUAGUACUGGACUGCCGGCGAGCCAUCCACUUGUUUGGAAGGUGGGAACCAACUCGGCCCCAGGCGCAUCGAUGUGCGGUCUCCGCUCGUUGUCCUCGGUGGGGGCGGGAGCCUGAUGAGCAUCGGCAGCGGCCCCUCUGGGUCUUGCUUCAGCGACUCCGCUACGGAAGUGCGGCGACUCCCCUGCGGCAGUUCUUGGAACUCACCCGGCGGAAGCUUCAGCAGAAGCAGGAGCGGCCGACGCCUCCGGCCUCCCUAGGAUUUUUUCGCCUAGGGUCGCAGUGCUUUUACUGCGCAGCUGUUUCACGUUUGGCGCCAGAAUCUCUCCCAAAAGCACGGCGCUGCUGCACUGGUACACAGCAAACAUCCCCGAAGCCGGACCGGGAGAGCAGCCGACGAACCAGCAGGAGCUCCCGUCGCUCCAACCAAGAGUAACGCCCCUAAGUGCCCUCGGAGGGGGGGCUGGGCUUUUCUCGUCUUGUUUCGCUAGCUCCGUUCUGCCAGGGCGAAACAUAGCCAAACUAACACACAACCAAGCCGACGAGGGUGCUUCUUCUUGUUCUCGGCGUUCACCCUGUUCCGCGGGUUUUGGGCUUUGCUGUUUAGGGUCUCUAGCGGUGCGCGUACAGUGCUACUCUCCUUGUCUAGCCUUGGCAUGAGGUUCCACGCGUGCGCUGCGGCUCGGAGACCAUAGCCCCAAACUUGGGGAUCCGCGUGCAGCAUCACAGACCUCAGAGCGUUCUUGAGACUCUGCCCUGCGCGUCCCGCGUGGGUGUUCGUCCGCCCACGGCAUGCGCGGAAUGCUGAACGGAUGCGCGGCGUUGUAUCGCUCACACACAAGCCCAAUCCAUGUCGGCCGACUUUCGCGCGGCUUCGUUUUCACUUCUGAGCCUCACUGAAAUCAGCUUGCUGCGUGGCGGCUUCCCCUGACAGUAUAUCGGCGCCGGUUUUCCUCCUGAUCUCCUUGGCAAAGCUCUCUACUACCUGAGGGGCGAACGGUUUUGCAGGGGGUGAGCGGACGGCAGUACACUGUGAGGAGUUGCACACAAACAGCAUGGCGAACUUGUUGCCGCGGUAAGUGGUUGGCUUUAUGGGGUCGGAGAAAUUUGCGGAGAACAGCACGGGAGACGGACUGGCCUGCUGUGCCGGCGAGCUAGUUGAACCAGCCCCCCAUACCUCUGGACUUGGCUGGCAUGCGGUCGGGGCGUGGCGCUCUCUCGUCCUUGUCGUGGAUGUGUGCCACCCUCCAGUGCUGAAGAAGUUUGCCACGGGCAGACUCCUGACCAUCGCGAGGGCCUCGCCUCCUUCCUCCAGUGCGUGCUACUGCCUCUCCCGCAGCAGGCGGAACUGUUUCAAAAAUUUCAUCAAGGCCGACGCCGCUAGACUUCUGGUCGCGCAUGGGAGAGCAGAAGGAACCAGGAUGGGGGUCGCCUUGUCGUCGCUCGAGACUCGGCAGGCUAGGGGGCUUUUUUUCGGUUGCUCUUAAGCUGACAAAAGCUCCGGCUAUCAAGUUCGUUGCUGUGUCUUCGUGUGGAGAGAGCGCGACUUCCCGCGUGUCGUCUUUCAGCCUGUUGGCCUUGACGCUGAUUAAGGCCUGUCCCGGAAGUUUUGGGAACCGGAUUGCUUGUAUGUUGCUGCCUAAGAUGUUCCCCCUCAGUCGUCCCAUGCGUCCAGUAUCAGCACCAGCCACACCCCGAACCCUGGCGAUUUUGUUGCUGUCAAUUGAUUCGAAAAGAGACCGGCCACGAACGGCGUGCGCGGUGGCCCCGGAACUAAUGGCUUUGCUGUAGUACUCGUUCGCUUUGUCGUUAGUGUUGUCUACUUUUCGCGCGAGGACGUGGCGGCGGUUGUGACUAGAAGAGCUGUCGCGUACUAGGUAGGUGGCUCUGGUGGUUGAGAGCUACUGAAUGGCGAGGCGCUACUGGCUGCUGAAUGUGAGCUACUUCGUCUCUCGAGAUUUUCGCUGACUGAAGACGCAGAAGAACUUGAUGGCGCAAAGUUCUCGGCUGUGUCCGCAGCUUGUCGCGUUGAUGGUGCAGAAGAAGACGAUGCUCCUGAUGACGAGGCGGGCGCUGCAAAUGCGCUAGAUUCUGAGGAAAAAUUUGCUCCGAACAACGAGACCAGCGGGAAACUACUGCGGUCACUUUUGUGCCGCUGCUUAUGCGGCUUCUCUUUUCUCUUUUUGGCUAGCUUUAGGGCGUUUCUCCAGCCGCUUAGUCAAUUGCGACUGCCCUUCAUCUUCUGCUUGCCGUCGUCUUUGCGGGGUGGUGGCUUGGGCGUCUGGGUCUGCUUGGACUUGCACUCUGACGCAUUGUGGCUGCGGAAGGCGGAAGCUCUGCCUUCGUCGUGGCCAUAGAAAGAGUUUGGCGCACAUCGGGGAGCACUUCUCGCGGAACGUCGUCGCCCCUGGGCCCCCCUUCUUUACGUGGCCCCUGCCUUGGCCGUUUCUGCUUCUUUUGCCGCGAUCACCUUUGCCACCGCAGGGCGCCGGGCGGUCACGUUGGCCGCCAGGCUUUCCAGCACGCGCCAGCGGUAGCUGCUCUUGGGCUUGUCCUUCAGCGACUGAAGCCUUCGAUCGUCGCCAGGGGUUUCCACGUUGUGCGCCAUGGUCUCCUUCUGGUAGUCUUGGUUCGGUUCCUCCAGCUCAGCGGAGAAGGCCUGCGCCUGCUGCUCGCCGGAAUGCUCGAGGAACACGGCCCGCGACCUUUAUCCCGCAAGCUCCUCUGCGCCAUAUCCCCGGCCGUUGGGUCCUUGGUGGAGAUGUUCUGGGUCAACGCGUUCCGGAUCAUUCGCUCCCGGACUGGUCCCGCGGGAAGCUCGUUGCCGCAUUUUGCUGCCGCGGAUUUUAGCUGCCCAACGAACGGGAGCAGGUCGCCCUUGCGCCAGCGUGCGCUGCGCAACUCCGUCACCCUCUUCACAGCCUGAGCCUGUGCAAAAUACAUCGACAGACGAAGCAACGCGUUGCCCACACCGGGCAAACUGUCCACCCCUUGGCCUGCUGUGGUCGAUGCUUCGAUCUUGUUGCCGAGGUCUUUACCGAGGGAAGCCCUGACAGCUCGACGAAGUAGAAGAGCGAGCUGGUUUUCUCUAGCACUCACUUCAAGACUUGUUGCCCGUCAAAAGUUGGCCCAGAAUUUCCUGACAGAGCCCGACGCGGUGGGUAUCGGCCUGAAGCCGUGCGCCCUUUAGCCACCGCCGGAAGGUGCUGGGCUCCUGAGUUUCCUCCAGCGGGGUCAGUCGAACGUCUUUCGGGUUUGCCCGUGCUGCGUCGUUCGGUGAGGCUUGGGGAGCUCCAGCCCCGGCAGCCGGUGGCUCCUGAAUUCGAGGAGGUGGCGCACCAGGCCCAGCACCAUCCUGCUGGUUGUUCAGCGGGUGCGCCCAGAUCCGCGCCAGGACCUCCGCCCUCGCUCCUGUUUGAUCCAAUGCCAGUAGCAGGGCUGCCCGCCCCUGCGCAUUCGGCGUGGGGAUCUUUUUGCGUGACGUUGUUCGCAGGCUGAUAGGCCACCCCGGUUCCUCGAAUCGCGCCGAGUAGUUCUGCUCAUCGCGCUGGCCUGCUGCUGCCACCCCCAGCUGUAUCGCCAACAGCCGAAGCGCGGGGCCGUGAAGUCAUUGAUGGCAGCGCCCGCUUUGUUUCUAGCACUAGAUGCCGGGGGGAACUAGAUGAAAUGCUGAAGGUCUACGUCCUGAGAGAGUGCAAGUUUUGAAAAGUUGCAAAGCUUUGAGGAUGCUACAAGGAGCCAGGUAGACUCUUAGGGUGCGACUCGGUCGACGCGACGGCCGCAAGCUACUCAGAGCUACCUGGUGCCCCUCUGGGGCCCUUGCUGGUGCCAACGGACUACCUAGCGCCGUGUGUUUGGUAGUGGAGUCAUGGUAAGGACGGAGCACCAUCCUCAGAGGUUUGGCGUCUUAGGUUAUCGGGAUUGCGUGCGGCUUCGUGCGGAUUUCAUUGGUUUGCAUGUCUUUCACCUUCAAGGAAUCGAGCGCUGGCGCCUCAGGUUGAAGUGCUGCGUGAUACCAUUGAACCAGAUGAGUUGGUUGCCAUUGAUGCAGCAGGAUCGCUCUGGCUGCUUCAGAUCGUGAGCGCUCGGCCAUACUCCUAGGCUCUCACGGCUUGAAGUGACGCCAGAGAGUAAGACCAGGGGGCCGCGGGAUCAUGUGAGCGCUCUGACUCAGUCGGCCUGGCGUUCUUGCUGCGUUCAAGUUUUUGCACCCCGCCAAGAAGCAGCAGCAGACCGAAGGCGCGCAGCGUGUUGGUGCGCCGCUGAAUGUAAGGAGACCGGUGACGCACUCGCCGACCCUAGUCGGGAGACCACGCGCCGACAUUACAAGGGGAACCAACCGCGAAGCGCAGGGACUUGGCUCGGCGCAAUCAGCUGAAGCACCCACGAAAGAAGAGGGAGGAACCGUGGCGGAAGAUAAAAAGGCAGGACGAAGAGGCCAAAGCUGCGGCUGGGCCCGCCGCUCUUGGCCACCCUGUUCCUGUGGAUGAUACCGCAGGGCAGGACGCUGCUCCCUCAUGUGAAGGAGAAGAAGGUCCUGGCCUAGAACUUGCAUCGCGCGCGGGAGUCGCGAGGAAGCUACGGCAGCGGCUUGCAACAUCAGGAGCGCUCUUUGCGCGGGCGUCUUGCAUUAUUUUCGAGAUGUUCGUCUUCUGGGCGUUGAUGUGUUUCGCGGGCGAUGGUCUUCGGCGUUACUGCGCAAGACGUAGCGAAGGCUUCGGGCUUUGCACCUAUGGCGCGUGAAGCAGUCUCGGGCAGCUCGCUGCUGGUGAUCUGUGAGCCCGGGGCGGCAAGUCACUUCACGGGUGACCGGCUGUGGCUCAAAGCUUUCAAGCCGAUCAGCCGCGCGGUGGAGAUUGCUGACGGGAAGAGGCGGAAGGCCACAGGCGGGGGCGAUUGCGUUUUAUGAUACCGGGGAACGAGCUACCUGGCUCACUGUCUCCACGUGCCCGAGAUGAAGACCCCGCUCUUUUCACGGCGGAAGGUAUGCCGCGAGGGGGGCACGCGUUUCGAUUGCAAGCAGGGGCGUGAAGUGAACCGAAACGGUGUGCGGGUUUCGGAUACCCGUCGGGGAAGCAGAUGGCAGUCCGUUGUCACAGUCUGGAUUUCGAAGCGCAUGCGGAGGCACCUCCGGCCACCACGUUGAGGCAGCGCAUCGCGAUGAGCCACAUAGGGCACCACCUUCAUUAUGACACCUGCAAACGCGCUAACGGGCGGAGGAAUCAACACGCAUCACCACAGAGCGACGCGCGCAAGCGAGCGGCCCCACAUGGAUACCCUGGGCCCACUACCUCCGCCGGCAAGAGGCAGUCGCUGCGUUUUUGCGUCAGCCGAUGGGCGGUCGCGAUGGUGCAGGGCUUGCCUGGCGCUGAAGAAAGAGGUCAAGCACACGCUGGAGGUUCUGGAGUUUUGGGUGAGGCAGCGCCGCACCUCCGAGUGCCUCAGUACCGACGGCGGCGGCGAGUAUCUAUACAGCAAAGGCGGUCGUGGAGUUUCUCACCAGCCGCGGCGUCCGUUCUGAGAGGGCGGGCGAGCCCGUACCUACUCGCCGCAGCAGAGCAGGAUCGUGGAGCGUCUAAGCGGAGCGCCUGUUCGCGCUCGCGUUUGUGGUCUGAGGGGAAGCCUGUGGGGAUAUGCGGCGAAGAGCUCCGCAGACGUCCGCAGCAGGAUGCCGCGUGGGGCGCUGGAUGGGUUGCCACCUUACGAGGCGUGGCGACAGCGUGUGUAGAGGCAGAAGCCAGUCACUCACUGCUUUCGAAGUCGUCGAUCAUUUUGGCUUGGGGGAUGAAUGAGUGAGGAACCAGAGACAUGAAAUCAGUCAUGAGAUGGCCGAUCGUCUUGCGUCGUAGUCGAGAGGCAUUUAUGAGUCUGCACAUUUUUGAGAGUGGGCCCUCUUGGGAAAAACAUAAAAAGAGCGAGGAGGCGUCUCCUAUGAAAAGACGAGAAAAGAAAGCAGCAGGCACCGUAGUUGGGUGAUAGGAUGCAAAGAAGAAACAAACGCGCACAGCCGUGACGAAUUCCCAUUGUGUAGGCUUUUAGGGCCGGGAGUUGUCUCGUCCUCUUUGGGCCUUGGGCUCGUGUUUCCGUACUUGGGUACUAAUGUACCCCGACCAAUAACAGCGGGAGCCCCGCCUGGGACGCAUGCUGCCCUUCCAUCAGCGUGCCACGCUCAGCCGAUACAAGUACAAGAACAAGGUGGAGGAGCAACGGGAGCCGGGGGCACUUCUUUACUACUGUAAGUCUGCGAGUGAUUAUGUGACGGGGGAUCAGCGUGGCAACAGUUUGCAGCCCAUCAGUUGCCGCGUGGUGGAUGAUGACGAGCCUCACACAGAUGGCGCGGAUUGGUGCCUCUGUUCAUGUUGAUGGGCUCGGCGAAGACCUUUACCCCGACACCCCCGGGGACGAGAUGGCCAGCUUCGUGGCGUUCGCUGACCAGUUUGCAGGGGUGCCGAAAGCAGAGCGAGCACUUGGCCGGGGCGGUCACGUUUGGAAGGGCGACGAAGUCAGCGGGCCGGGGUGAUUGGGCAGAAGCGACCGACGCGGGGCGGCAGAACGUCAGCGACAAAGCGCACUACGACCCCGAGGGCCCCGGCACUUGCAAAGCGAUGGGCAUGGAAAUGGGGCCAGUAAAGAAGCAGGACGACCAGGGAAAGACAACAAAGCACGAGGCCUGUGGAAUUGUUCCGGGAAGCUUCCAGCCGCUUGCUGACAAGAUGCUCCUGCCGGUGGUCCUUUGGGCAACGCGACGAUGGGAAAAGCGUAGCGGGCGCGGUGGUCUUUCUCCGGAUGCCUUUCCACUGGCGUGCGACACUGCAGAAGAGCGCGGCGCCUCCGGGUUGCGAAGCAGAGCACACUGCUGGCGCGGAAACGCAUAAGGAGCCGACGUUUUUGCGUAACCUCUCGGAGGGGCCGCGUACGUGGGGAGCCGUUUCGCAGGUUCUGGAAUACGCGGGUGACAGCCUUGCCACCAUCCCCGUCCGCUAUGAUAACAUCGGCGCCAGGUACAUCGCUGAGGCGCGUGAAAGUCGGAGGUGCAAGCGCAUCGGCCUGCGGUGGCACUUCGUGCGCGAGAUGGUGGAGGCAAAGAAGACGCGCAUCACCUACGUCCCGACGGGUAGGCAGCUGGCUGACAUCAUGGCCAAGGCGCUGGCUGAGGCGAAGUUUCGGAGCCUCGUGGCGCAGGUCUGCGCCUUCGACUUUCCUGGCACUCUGAAGGAGUCAGUUCUUGCCUUCUCUUGCGAGAUUUCUCGCCGGGUUCUGAGACCGGUGGCCCGCUGUGAGUUGAGACCGUGGCAAGAUUGAUAUGCUUGACGCUGGAGGAGCAGCGUCAGCGCUGGGGCGAAGGUUGUGGGCCUUCUCUUGGCGGCGACUGCUUUCGAGCGUGGUCGGAGAGAUUUCCUCGACGUUUCACCUUGGCGCGAUUGAGGAACGCAUACAGGAUACAGGCGGGGACCUCUCCACUUUAUUUGUUUUAGCUUUUGGGCCGGAGUCAUUUGCGAGGGGGAUGUGUUCCGACAUUCCUCAGCUCAGAAUAAGUAGGGCGUGGAGUUAAGAUCUUGCGGGGCCAAUUCCCCAUAAAGAUCCAGCGUGGCUCAAUUCGGAUCUGCUUAGUCUCAUGGUGGUUCUUGGGCAAAGAUUCUGAUGGUCCUGACUUCCCACCAAACCCACUACAUUCCAACAAGCGUCUUAUUCUUUUUCUGUUUCCCUGCAGCGUGUUGCGAUUGGUCAGAAAAGAAAACCAACUUCAACAUUCCACAUUUCGGUUUUGAGUGCCCGACUGUGUUCAUACAGGUGGGCAGAGAGUUUCAAGAUCAGGGGAGUACUUGAAGCUGAAG